CAAAUCGCAACCAGCCGGGACGAAAAAAUGAUUCUUCAGCAUUUAGGGCAUAGUUUACGGACCAAAGCGUGGCCAAUUCUAUGCUUGAGCAAACGACCUUCAAGUAUAACAUCACCGGCGAUACAGCGAACUUUAUUCACCUCUUCCGUACUAUGCCGAAAGGCUGUGAUAAAACGUGAGGAAUAUUUCCUGAAGAAAGAUAACAUACCUGCCGGAUUUAGCAUCAUUUACCGCGCUCCGAUGGAGAACUAUCUUACAACAUGCAACAUUGUUACAUCUUUUAGUUUUCUGGCCAUCGGUGGAAUAUGUGCGUUCACUUACUUGAAGGAUUUCCAUCACAUUGUGGUUCCGUUCGAGAUUGAGUACGCUACACUAACGGCAAACGAGACGGAUUUGUUGUACUUUUUAGGAUUUUUCUUUCUCAUAAAUGCCGUAAUCCGUGUCAUGGUGAACCGUUAUCCACUGAGAAUAUAUCGCAACGAUAAGCAAUAUAUUGCCGUAUUCGAGGGACAAAUACCGCUAGUCACAAAGCAGUUCAGCUUUCAGCAGGGAGAGGUAACCCCAGUUCCUCCGGGUGGUGUUUUACCAUGGCAAGAGUCGAGGUAUAAAAUCAACGACAAAAAGGUGCUACUGUUAGAAGACUACUUUCGCACUCCGUCGGAAUUGAACGCGAUGAUGAUGACCGAAAAGUUGGACAGUGAGUAAACCCAACCGUCUUGUUGUUUUGGUAGCGUAAAUAAUAGUCAAUAAGGUGCGUUCGAGUUACAUAAACACAGCAAUCGCAACGAAAA